CAGCCAUUGCUCCACCUGUCCCAUUCCCAAAAACAUAUUUUAUCCAAGCAGAAUUACGUAGUCAGGAAAAUCUUAAAGAACAAAAAUCCAAAAAAAAAAUUAAACUAGUUUGGAAAGUUUUAAAAAUUCGGAAGUAAAGCUACAAAUUUUUCGAGUAAAAUGAGUCGGAAGACCAAAAUUAUAUAUUCGGACAUCGCCGCCGUGAGCAGGGGACUUUUUUCCAUUGGCAAGCCCGCCUCCAUCAACCGUCUCUCCAAGUACUUGAGCAGCAUGCUGGGAAUCCCCUCCUGGAUGCUAGUGGACGACCUCAAGAUCCUGCUGGAGACUUACGAACCGUUGGGAUUCUUUAAGAAGGAGAAAGAGCUCUACUGGCUCCCAGCUGACCUCCUCCAGAUCCUCAGCGAGCAGGAGCGCGAGAGGCAGGCCAAACAAGUCGUCCCCCCAGUUACCGUUGCCCCCCCAAGCGAACCGGACGUGGUCUAUGGCUAUACAUCCGAGAUCGAUUUGUCCCGGUCCCUGCGCCAUCCGUAUCUCCACAGAUUUCGAUAGACGGACAUUGCAGCAGAUGGACACUGACAUGGAUAUGGACAUGGUUUAUGGAUGUGGAGUUUGAUAUGGAUUUGAAUCUGGGCUUGGCUUUGGCUUUCAUUUGCGAGGAAGGAGUAUGGUUUUAUUAGAGACAGGCACGACUUUUAGGCUUUUAUUAUAAAGGAUCUCGGGUUAUACGAUACGAUGACAAAUGUGGAUCAUACACAAUGUGAUUUUGUCAGGUGUCCUGAAAAUAAAGAGAUUGUAAAUCAAAAUUUCAAAUUAAA